AUGGGUGUGCUCCCUUCAACUACUCUUAUGCUCAAUUCAUUCCCUCAGCUUGAUGGCAUUGGUACCCGUUACACCGCUCAUUUUAGAAGUUCCGUUCUCGCGCGUCUUCCCCGGAAUGUGUACCACGAUCUUGAAAAGAAACUUUCCGGAAGAAUUGAGGUAGCAGCCAUGCAUAUUCCUGGAUUGUGCCCGCAUUCAAAACGCCAGUUUCACAUCCAACUUUCAGCAUUCCUAGACGAUACACCACUGGGCGAUAUUCAAAAUACGUUGAACCAAUUUCCAGAUGUGUUACCUGCACCCUCGAUAGAGCAACUAACAUCAAAAAACGACCAUAUCAUUUUUGUUUGCAAAACUAUCGGUGGGCUUGAUCAUGCCAACGAAAAGAAUUGGUUUCGUCUCAACAGUGAAGUUUCUGGCAAUGAUAAAAUUAUUAACAAUAACAUUCCUACCCUUCAAGUCGUGCUCAAUGACACAGACCAUCAACUAUGGGAUACUAUGGAGGAAUCCACUUUUGAAGUUCUAGAAAGUUUGGCCUUAUCUGACCCUGGUGAUCCUUGUCAGUUGGAGUACUGGCAUUCGAAGGAUCCACAUUCUUCUACACAAAAAGAAUGCUGGCUAAAAGAUCGUCCCCCUGAUACCCAAAUUCGUCGUCGCAUUUUAGUUCACCCAGCAUCCACCAUGUGGAUAGGUGAUGAUGGGUCAUCGCCUGUUGAUAUGGAUUAUCGAUUCCGAGGUGUCGAAAACGAAAAUGUAUAUCUCACUGGAGGUGCUCUUUGGCCUACUGCUGGUUCAUGGAACCCAACCUGCACCAUGACUGCCUUAGCCAUAAAUUUAGCUGACAAACUGCAGCAGCAGCACCAGCAACAACAACAACAACAACAACAACAACAACAACAACAACAACAACAACAACAACAACAACAACAACAACAACAACAACAACAACAACAACAACAACAACAACAACAACAACAACAGCAACAGCAACAGCAACAGCAACAGCAACAGCAACCACAACCACAACAGCAACCACAACCACAACAGCAACAGCAACAGCAACAACAACAACAACAACAACAACCACAACAACAACAGCAACAGCAACAACAACAACAUCACACAACAACAACAACAACGACGACAACGACGACGGCGACGGCGACAACAACAACAACAACAACAACAACAACAACAACAACAACAACAACAACAACAACAACAACAACAACAACAACAACAACAACAACAACAACAACAACAACAACAACAACAACAACAACAACAGCAGAAGUUAUGGAUUAG